AUGGCGGAUGAGGACGCGUCCAUAGAGGUCGACAUGCUCGCGCAGUCCGCAUCCGUAGACGUCGAGAUGCGCGCGCAUGAUAAUGUUGAGGAUGCGGAUGAUGCCCAGGGUGGAUCUACUUCAGAGGUCGAGCUUAUUGUAGCCUCUGCAGACAGAGCGAACGGCGAGAUUGAUCCAGACUCAAUGACUAUGCGAUUCGACCCGCCCUCUAUUUCAUCACAGGAGGGUUCAGUUCCUUUCUCAGCUCUUGGCGAAGUAUUACACGAAAAGGCUGUAAAGAAGAAUGGCCUCGCAGUCAUUGUUCCUCCGGUGCAAAAUCGCUGGGAAUAUAAGGUGUUUAAAGAUGAAGAAGAAGUGGAUGAGAUCUUGGAGGAAUAUGACGAUGCUGGUUUUGUCGAGUACCUUGUGCUAUUUUCGGAUGGUAGUGAGGACGUAAUCUCAUUUGACGAAUUGAGGAAGCUUCCAAACGGACCUAGUCUCAUAGCCAACUUCGCCUAUCAACUGACUGGCGACUCCGACUCAACUGAAUCAAUUCUACUUUCAGACGACGAGCUGUCCAUGGCGAGACCCUCAAAGCCAAAGACACGAGGCCGUCGUCAAAACAAAGGCUCCAAGACCACUUUGUCAAGCAGAACAUCGCGACAACGCAAGUCGCAGUCACAGCUGAGCUUAAUGUCGAUGUCCUCGCAAUCCGAGGGUGGCGAGUAUGUCGGAAACGAGAAGCGGCGUGCCGCUGCUCGAUUCCGUGGUGAGAGAGCUACGCGGACUACAGCCCAGAAGAGGGUAAAUUACUCUGAUUUGCUUGCACUUGAGGAUGAGAGUGAAGAUGACCCAAUUCAGCUUGGGAAACGCAAGCGAUCAUCGUCAAGCCGAUCGGGUUCAAACAAGACUAGGAGAUUGAUUCGCGGACCCAGAAGACCUGACCCUGAGGCUGUGAAAGUUUCUCGGAGAUCUGGUCGCAACACGGGAAGAAGCCGAGACAUGCGCGAGGUCGGGGAGGAGGACAUCCCUGAGACAGCUACGGCCAAUAGUAUUGCCAGGUACGCUGUGGCAAAAGAGGCUUUCAAGGAGCUUUCAUCCGACGAUGAUUUUCGCCUUCGCCACUUUCAGAUGUGUGAUGUAUGCAGAGAAGAAGACGACGACGAGGUGAAAGGCAUGCUCGUCUUUUGUCAAGGAUGUACAUCGGCCUUCCACCAAAAAUGCCUUGGUCCACGAACAGCUCGUGAGCAUCUCGUCACCAAGAUCGCACCGAAAGACUUCGUUCUUCAAUGUCGACGAUGUGUCGGCAUUGCUAGACACAAAGACCCUCUCGCUCCAGACCAAGGAUUAUGUCUCUCCUGCCAUGAGCCAGGUUCAUCAACCACAGCCUUUCGGGAGCGCCAAACAGCCAAAGACGAGCAGAAAGAACGGGAAGACAACGGUGGAGAAGAUCCAACUACCGAUGUGCUCACUGACUUGAUCAACAAUCCGAAUCAUAUUCUCUUUCGUUGCACUAAAUGCUAUCGAGCAUGUCACAUGCAUCAUCUACCGCCGAGAGGCCAGAGCUUCAAAGACAGGAAAGAACAGGAGACAGCCGAGGCUCUCUUUCAUGAGUACACUCAAGAUUGGCAGUGUAAGGAUUGUGUUGAGGCUCCCGGAGAAGUCGAAACUCUCGUAGCUUGGCGCCCUACAAGCAUAGACCGUUAUGAGCCUGGGCAAACUACGGACGUCAUUGAAGAAGACGCCAAAGAGUAUCUUGUGAAAUGGAAGAAAAUGUCAUAUUUCAAGGUCCAGUGGAUGCCCGGUGCUUGGGUCUGGGGUGUUGCAGCCUCCGCGACCCUCAAAGCCUUCGCCAAGAAAGAUAAUAUAACCAACACACCGAAGAUGAGCACCAAAGAAGCCGUCCCUGAAGACUACCUUCGUGUAGACAUCGUAUUUGACGUGGAAUACACCAACAUUGUGAAUGCUCCCUCGGAGAAGAUUGCUAAAGCCCGUAUCAAAGAGAUCAGAAAAGUGUAUGUCAAGUUCAAGGGUCUAGGAUACGAAGACGCGGUCUGGACAGAGCCACCCUCACCAGAAGAUGCUGAGCGGUGGACCGACUUCAAAGCCGCUUACGAGGAUUGGGUUAUGGGGUCAUACACUCGACUUCCUACAAGAUCUACCCUCAAUACUCAUCUAAACAAGGUCCGAGCUCAAGACUUUGGUAACGACCUAGCGAUGAAGAGCCAACCGGCAAGCUUGACUGGAGGCGAACUCAUGGCGUACCAGCUCGAGGGCCUGAACUGGCUUUAUUACCAGUGGUUCAAAAGGAGGAAUGCUAUACUCGCGGAUGAGAUGGGUCUUGGGAAGACAAUCCAGGUGAUCGGUUUCUUAGCGGCUCUCAAGCAGCUCCACGGUUGUUGGCCCUUUCUUGUCGUUGUCCCAAACUCGACCUGUCCGAAUUGGAGACGCGAGAUCAAGCAAUGGGCCCCUUCGUUGAGAGUGGUGACAUACUAUGGUUCGGCUAGAGCAAGGAAGCUAGCCCUGGAUCAUGAGCUCUUUCCAGAAGGCGGGAAAGAUCUAAGAUGUCACGUUGUGGUGACUUCUUACGAGGCCGCACAAGAUAUCGAGUUUCGCUCAAAGUUCAAGGGAAUCUCCUGGCAAGGUUUAAUUGUGGAUGAAGGUCAACGGUUGAAGAACGACAAGAAUAUUCUUUAUGGUGCGCUGAACGCUCUGAAGCCUCCCUUUAAACUUCUCUUGACUGGCACACCUUUACAAAACAACGCUCGGGAAUUAUUCAAUCUCCUGCAGUUUCUAGACCCUUCAAUUGAUGCCGAGGCUUUAGAAGAAGAAUACACCACACUGACAAAAGAGAAUGUCGCUCAGUUGCACGACCAACUACGCCAAUACUUCCUCAGGCGGACCAAGGCCGGAGUUCUGAAAUUCCUCCCGUCCAUGGCGCAAAUCAUUCUCCCAGUCACAAUGUCAAUAGUGCAGAAAAAGCUCUACAAGUCGAUCCUAGCCAAGAACCCCGAAUUGAUUAAAUCUAUCGUCGGGCCAAGCAAGCGAGCUCUCGGGAAAACCGAACGCGCCAAUCUGAACAACAUCCUGAUGCAACUACGGAAAUGUUUGGCUCAUCCAUUCGUUUACAGCAAGGACAUCGAGGAGAGAAGUAGCAACCACGUCGUUUCACAUCGGAACCUGGUCGAAGCAUCAUCGAAGUUACAGUUGUUAGAGAUCAUGCUACCAAAAUUGCAGGAACGAGGUCAUCGAGUCUUGAUCUUCAGCCAAUUCCUGGAUAUGCUCGACAUGGUUGAGGAUUUUCUCGCGGGCCUCGGUCUGUUCUACCAGCGUCUCGACGGCAGCAUAGGCUCUCUCCAGAAACAGAAACGGAUAGACGAGUUCAAUGCUCCGGAGUCGCCCUUGUUUGCUUUUCUGCUUUCUACUCGUGCUGGAGGCGUGGGAAUCAAUCUUGCCACUGCUGACACCGUCAUAAUACUCGACCCCGACUUUAAUCCACACCAGGAUAUCCAAGCGCUCUCGCGCGCACAUAGGAUAGGACAAAAGAAGAAGGUUCUCGUAUUCCAGUUGACUACUCGCAAUACCGCCGAAGAAAAGAUCAUGCAGAUUGGAAAGAAGAAGAUGGCUCUCGAUCAUGUGCUUAUCGAACAAAUGGAUGCCGAAGACGAUGCAGGCAUGGAUCUCGAAUCGAUACUGAAAUAUGGCACCGAGGCUCUUUUCAAAGACGACGAUACGCAGGACAUACACUAUGAUUCUUCCUCUGUUGACAGACUCCUGGAUCGUAGCCAGAUUGAGGACACCAAAGCCGGGAAGGAUGACUCCGCGGAGUCGCAAUUCAGCUUUGCUCGAGUCUGGGCUAAUGAAAAAGGUGUUUUGGAAGACAACUUAGGUAAUGCGGAAGCCCCUGAGGAAGUAAAUCCUUCCAUUUGGGAGAACAUUCUCAAGGAACGUGAGCGUGAAGCAGCUGCCGAGGCCGCUGCACGUGCUGAGGAUUUUGGACGAGGAAGACGCAAGCGUCAAGCUGUUGAUUACUCCAAGCAGACUGCGCGAUAUUUUGAGUCAUCCCCAAUGGGUAGCAAGAAUGGGCGGAAACCUCAAGAGUCAGAUAGUGAUACCGACUUCCAAGAGCGAGAUGGGAGUGAGGAGGAACCGGAGAGCGAAGAAGAAGGCGUCCAGGUCACUCCUCCUCAUGAACUGCAAUCCGACGCUCGUCGCCCUCGCAGUGUGCACGGCUCACUUUCAUCUCCACCCAGGAACAUUGUUCCCGUUUUCAGACGCGCAGAGGUGCCACUCAUGUCUCCCAGUCCUCUAAUGCCACGCCAAAUCCCUGGGAUGGAUGGAGCGAACAGUCCUCCGGCUAAGUGUGUUGCAUGUGAACACCACCAUCCAACAGGACGCUGUCCUCUCAAGCGCGCUGGAGUUGAAUUCUGCCCCCUGUGUGGAAUCGCUCAUUUCGGUCGGGGCAGGACAUGCCCUCACAUCAACUCAGUAACUCAACUUCAGUCCAUGCAAGAUGCCAUCAAGCAUAGUCCCGAGACUCCGGAGCUCAAAGAAUUAGCCAGGAGGAAACUCACGGGUCUCAUUGGAUCUAUCAAACAUAAGAGAAAAUUGGAGGAAGAAGCGAAGGCAGCUCAGGUCUUACAGCAGUCGGGCCAACCUGAUUCGAAUUUUACUCCUAGUCAGCACGCUACUAUGAAAGGCCAAGUGGUAUCGAGACAGACGAACGGCAUCAGACUUGGAAAGGAGAAUAAAAUGGCUGGACUUUAUGUGGCUCAACCUCCCUACAGACAAUGA